CCAAAGUACCAAGGCAAAGACAUUCCACAGAUGGAGUACGCCAUCGACCAGAACCUCCUCACCUGGCUGGACUAUAUUCACAAACACGCCGUGACAACGCAAGAACGCCACGUUGCAUUCGACAUGGCGCGAAGUAUACAAUGGCUGUUAUUUGACAUGGUGUGCCACUUAUGUCUCGGCCACCCCUUGGGAUUCAUCGACCAUCAUGAAGACUGUUAUGGAUUUCAGAAUGUCCUGGAAACACGUUUACCCAUCGUGGAGAAGUUCGCCAUCUUCACCGAAGUCAACAGUUGGAUCAAGAUGAUCUCCCACAUACCGAUAGUGCGUUGGGUGUUACCCUCAUCUAAAGAUCAGGAUGGUAUCGGGGCAAUUAUGGGGGUCGCUGAGAAAACUGUCAACGCCCGCAUAGUGCAGGGCAUUCCUCCGAAGCACAACGAGACGAUGCUAGAUUCAUGGCUUCGCAACGGCGUCGACGGAUCUUUAGCAGUCACAGAAGUUACAAUUGCCCUCUUCGCCGGCUCCGACACAACCGCAACCUCCAUCCGCGCCCUCCUCCUACACAUCAUCACCAACCCCCUCGUCUACAAACGUCUAACAGACGAAAUCCGCAAUGCAGUCACCACAACCCCCAUAAUAACCGAACGAGAAACCAAGUCCCUUCCCUACCUCCAAGCCUGCAUCCUCGAAGGCCUACGCAUCUUCCCGCCCAUCACGGCACUACGCGAACGUGUAGUCCCGCCCGGAGGCGAUACUCUAAACGGAGUAUACGUCCCCGAAGGUACGAACAUAGGGCUCAACCUCCCGGGUUUGCUACGAAACGAGCGACGCCGGAACAGAGACAGCGUAUGGAUCGGGUUCAUGAGCUUAUGUUUAACUGGGGAAGUACGAGGUGUCUGGGGAUUCGGUUGGCAGUGAUGAUGAUGGGUAAGGUGGUGGUCGAGGUGUUGAGGAGGUGGGAUGUGGUGGCUUUGAGGCCACAGAGGCCGUGGAGGAGUCGGUGUCAUGGGAUCUUUUUG